ACAUUCUCUGAAAACACCAAACAAGAAGAAGAAGAAAAACGGAACAGAACGGAACUGACGUCUCAUAAGACACCGGAUGUUUUAUUUGGCCUGUUGCAAUUGCUACGGGUCACUGCAACAAUUUUAGAAAUAAGACAUCUUCAUAUGCUGUCUAACAUACUUCGUCUUGAAAAAAUGGACGGCGGUGGUAAUUGCGGGAAUAUCAGUGGCAUUAUGAAUAAUAGACAAAGGACGAUGUUAACAAACAAAGGCCGUGUCGACUGCGUCCGCAACCAGAGAAAGGACUCGGAGGGCUUCUCGGAGUCUCCGGAUCUGGAAUUUGAAUAUGCGGACACAGACAAGUGGGCAUCUGAACUUUCCGAGAUAUAUAGUUAUACAGAGGGACCCGAGUUUAUAUUGAACAGAAAAUGCUUUGAAGAAGACUUCAGAACUCAUGUAACAGAUAAGUGCUGGACAGAGUUAGACUCUGCUCAUCACCGAGCACAUGCCAUGCGCCUAUUGGAUGGACUAGAGGUCACAGCCCGUGAGAAAAGACUGAAAAUUGCCAGAGCGAUACUCUACAUCGCACAGGGCACUUUUGCAGAGUGCUCAUCUGAAGCAGAAGUGCAACACUGGAUGCGUUACAAUGCAUUCCUCUUGCUGGAGGUGGGCACGUUCUCGGCCCUGGUGGAGCUGCUGAACAUGGAGAUUGAUAACAGUGCUGCAUGCAGCAGUGCAGUGAGAAAACCAGCAAUCUCUCUGGCAGACAGCACAGACCUCAGGAUCCUACUCAACAUCAUGUAUCUCAUGGUGGAAACCAUCCACCAGGAGGACCCAAUGGACAGUCCAGAGUGGAAAGCUGCUAGAGAGACUUUUAAAACUGAACUAGGCUCAACUCUCUACAACAAUGAACCAAUGUCAGUAGUGCUCUUUGGCAUGGUGACUAAGUUUUGCAGUGGUCAUGCUCCACACUUCCCAAUGAAGAAGGUGUUACUGCUGCUGUGGAAGAGCAUACUGUUCACACUGGGUGGUUUUGAGCAGCUGCUGAGCAUUAAGGUGCUUAAACGGGAGGAGCUUGGCCUACCCCCCCUACCAGAGGAUAGCAUCCGUGUGGUCAGGAGCAUGAGGGCUGCCUCACCCCCUGCCUCCACCUCUGAUCUUCUUGAACAGCAGCAAAAACGUGCUCGUCGAGAACAUAAGGCACUCAUCAAGCAAGACAACCUUGAUGCCUUUAAUGAAAAGGACCCCUACAAAACAGAUGAUAACCGUGAGGAUGAGGAUGAUAAUGACGACAGUGAGAAUGCCCUGGAGCCUGAGAGCUUUCCACUGGAGCGGGAUGAAGUCAUGCCCCUACCCCCACCACAGCCACCUUGUGAAAGAUUAUCCUUCCCCAAGGGUCUACCCUGGGCCCCUAAAGUCAGGGAAAAAGAUAUAGAGACUUUUCUGGAAUCGAGCAGAAGUAAAUUUAUCGGAUAUACUCUUGGAAAUGACAUAGAUACUGUAGUUGGUUUGCCAAGGCCCAUCCAUGAAAGCAUCAAAACGUUGAAACAGCAUAAGUAUGUCUCCAUAGCAGAGAUUCAGAUGGCCAAAGAAGAGGAGUAUCAGAAGACACCACUGUCUGGGGGUGAGGAGGAGGUUGACAUGUGUGCCACGGAGUUGCUGUACCAAGGAAUUCUUCCCAGUCUGCCUCAGUAUAUGAUUGCUCUGCUGAAAAUUUUGCUUGCAGCAGCUCCCACUUCUAAAGCUAAAACAGACUCCAUUAACAUCCUGGCAGAUGUGCUACCGGAGGAGAUGCCAACCACAGUCCUACAAAGCAUGAAGCUUGGGGUUGAUGUGAAUCGGCACAAGGAGAUCAUUGUGAAAGCCAUCUCUGCCAUCCUUCUGCUACUUCUCAAACACUUCAAACUGAACCAUGUGUAUCAGUUUGAGUACAUGGCUCAGCAUUUGGUCUUUGCCAACUGUAUUCCUCUAAUCCUGAAGUUCUUCAAUCAGAACAUCAUGUCUUACAUCACUGCCAAGAACAGUAUAUCAGUGUUAGACUUCCCCUACUGUGUGGUGCAUGAACUUCCAGAGCUCACUGCUGAAAGUUUAGAAGCUGGAGAAAACAAUCAAUUCUGCUGGAGGAACCUGUUCUCCUGUAUCAACCUGUUGAGGAUUCUCAACAAGCUCACAAAGUGGAAGCACUCCAGGACCAUGAUGCUGGUGGUGUUUAAGUCUGCUCCCAUUUUGAAGAGGGCUCUGAAAGUGAAGCAGGCCAUGAUGCAGCUGUAUGUCCUCAAGCUUCUUAAAGUGCAAACUAAAUACUUGGGUCGCCAGUGGAGGAAAAGCAACAUGAAGACAAUGUCAGCCAUCUACCAGAAAGUUCGGCACAGGCUCAACGAUGACUGGGCGUAUGGCAACGCAGACCUGGAUGCACGGCCAUGGGACUUUCAAGCAGAGGAGUGUGCACUGCGUGCUAAUAUUGAACGAUUUAACAGCCGCCGCUAUGACAAGAACCAGGCCAACCCUGACUACUUGCCUGUGGACAACUGUCUACAAAGUGUGCUUGGACAGCGUGUGGACUUGCCAGAGGAUUUUCAGAUGAACUAUGACCUCUGGCUUGAGCGAGAGGUGUUUUCUAAGCCUAUUUCCUGGGAAGAGCUCCUUCAGUGAAGAUGGGGCUGUGGGUGAGCGUCCUAAAUACUCACAGUAGACUGAAAAUGGAAACAAUAGCAACAAUUUGAAAAUCAGUCUAAAAGCCAGCAUGACUUGGCUACUUAAAAAAAAAAAAAAAAAAAAAAAAAAAAAAAAAAACUUGUUUGGGCAUUUUAAUUUAACAUUGCUGUGUAACCGUAUUGCUAACAGUAGUGUUUGUCAAAUUAUCUAUUCUGAUAAUUAAUCAUUUUACUUGUCUUAUUUUUAAGGGGCACACUACACUGUGUGCUCUGGUACAUUCCCAAAUACUGGUGAAGUGUGGGUGUGGUCUAGGAUAAAGAUCCUGGAACACAACCCACCAUACUGGACCAUGCCCACUAGUAGUUUUGUAGGAGCAAUCUUUCUUCUGAUAGUCUCUUAUCCUUCCAACUUCGCUUGUAUCCUGGUCUAAAACGGCCUUUCUGUACUGUGUGCUUUUGUACUGGUUAUGUGGAGGUGCUGCUGAAGACGAAUUUACAUGGACCUUUGUCAUAUACACACAUAUAGUGUCCUAACUUCCUGAAGAUGGGGACUCAUGUGUAACAAGUUUUGUUUUAGGUUGUUUUUGCGUGCUUGCUUUAUUGGGACAGGCUUUUGGUGUGUAUUCCUGAAUAUAUGUCCCUGGGUCUGGGUAUUUGUCUGGUAUUCUAAGUUGAAAUGGUUUGAGAAAGAUAGUUUGGGGUUAGAUUACUACCUCAGAACUGUUGAACUGUUUUUUUUUUUUUUGUUGUUUUUUAACGCUAGUUUAUAAAGAGGGUAUACAGGUGAAAAGGGUAUACAGGUGUCUCCUAUUAUUUGACAAGAACCCCAAAAAGUAAAGAUAAAAAUAGAAAAAACCUUAAACAAAAGGGAUUUAGUAUCCUCUUCCCUCACAUCUGUGAUUAUAUCAUACAUUGUAUUGUAACCUGUUUUUAUACAUCUGGCCCGAUUUUUAAAGGAAUCUUUAAAAAUAUAUGUUACUAAAGAAAUCAGUAUUCUAAUUGCUAUUUAUCAUGGUUUGUGUCUUACCUCCAUUGUUUCUCUUAUAGUAUAAACACCAAAUAAACAAAUGUUCUUGAACUAAA